AUGACCGACCGCCCUUCGUCGCUGGGAAGGAGCCCCACGGCACCUCCUGUGAUGGCGAACGGCCACUUUGCUGCGAUCGGCGACCACAACGACAUGGCGUCCUACGAGCAUGGCGUGCAGGUGGUGGACGAGAACAAGGAGUUUAAGUACGCUCUUCAGUCCCAUCUCCCUACCAGUAUUGCUAACAUCUCUUCCUUUCCCACCAGCCCCAACCUGUCCAAGUACCUCUCCAUCGAAGAUGUCACUCCCGCCGGCUUCAACUACCACCUGAUCUCCGUGUUCGGCUCCCAAUCAACGGGAAAGUCAACCCUGCUUAACCAUCUCUUCGGCACCCAGUUCUCGGUUAUGUCCGAGCUGGAGAGGAGGCAAACCACCAAGGGAAUCUGGUUAUCCAAGAACAAGAACGCUGGCGAGGAUGCCACUGGGAGCGGUUCUCGAAUGGCCGAUAAUAUCUUGGUUAUGGAUGUAGAGGGCACGGAUGGUCGUGAACGAGGCGAGGACCAGGACUUUGAGCGCAAGAGCGCUCUCUUCGCCCUCGCGACCAGUGAAGUGCUCAUUGUCAAUAUCUGGGAGCACCAGGUUGGGUUGUACCAGGGAGCCAACAUGGGUUUGUUGAAGACCGUCUUCGAAGUCAACUUGCAACUCUUCCUGAAGGACAAACACACCACCCACCGCUCCCUUUUAUUCUUCGUCAUCCGUGAUUUCAUCGGCAACACCCCGCUUAAGAAUCUUCAGAAGACGUUGUUGGAAGAUCUAUCUCGUCUGUGGGGAUCGAUAUCAAAGCCAGCUGGACUCGAGAACUCGACGAUUCACGACUACUUUGACUUUCAGUUCUACGGACUUCCGCACAAGGGCUAUCAGCCAGAGCAGUUUGUGGCGGAGAUCAAGAAGCUGGGACUGCGAUUCCGAGAAGGACACCGGGACCCUAAGAAGGAUGCCCUCAGGGGAGAGUUUUCGGAAGGCGGAGUUUUCUUGCCCGAAUACCACCGUCGAAUUCCAGCAGACGGAUAUGCGCAUUAUGCCGAGGGCAUCUGGGACCAAAUUGUUAACAAUAAAGAUUUAGACCUGCCCACACAACAAGAGCUGCUUGCUCAGUUCCGUUGUGAUGAGAUUCUGCGGGAGGUGAUGAUUGGAUUCGACGAUGCGAUCAUUGGAUUUGAGGACAAGCAGGCCGAGGCCGUGCGUCUGGGUACGCCCGAAGUGCUUGGUGGACUGGGCGCGGCCAUGCGGUCUGCGCGCUCCAAGACUCUUAAGGGAUUCGAGACAGAAGCGAGCCGGUACCACAAGGGUGUGUACCAGCGGAAAAAGGCCGAACUCGAGAGCAAGGUUGAUACUCGACUGAAGGCAUUGUUCCAAGGCCAACUCUCGGCGGCGCACAAGUCCGGCAUCCGCGAAUUCAGCGAUGCGGUCACCAAUGCUGUCAAGACUGGUCAGAAGAAGGGUGGCAAUUACGACUUUGCCGAGAUCGUCAAUCAGGAAAUGGAUAUCGCAUUGGAGAAAUUCGAGGAGGCUGCCCGCUCGACGUUGGUGGAAGGCACUUCUUGGAGCAACUAUAAGCAGCAACUUGGAUUGUACGAGAAGGAACUGGCCGAGGUCAGCACCCGUCUCCGGCGCGAUGAAAUGAGACGAUUAGCCAGUCGGGUUGAGCGUUGGGUGCAGUCUCGCUUGGGCGAAUCCGUGGGUCUCGAGUUCAACGCUCUGGGAUCUGGCCGUGCUGGCGGAGGCGCCCCCGAAACCGGGGAGAAGCCUACCGAGAAGGCGUUCUGGGAUCGCAUCUGGAAUGUCUUCGUUGAGACUGUGCUCGACGCUGAGCGAAGAUUCACGGACCGAGCCAGCAGUUUCGAUGCUAGCCUGGAAGAGGUUGAUGUCGGGCUGUGGCGCCUGCGCCGCAAGUCUUGGGGAGUACUGCGUGCCAAGAUCGAUGAGGAGAUGAUCGAAGGCAACCUGCUACUGAAACUGCGCGAGAACUUUGAAGAUAAAUUCCGGUAUGACGAGGCCGGCGUACCUCGCAUCUGGCGCCCCACGGACGACAUCGAAGGCGUUUACACGCGCGCCCGCGAGUCAACGCUGACUCUCAUUCCUCUCUUGUCUCGGUUCCGGCUGGACGAUACGUCGGCGCCGCCCCCUCUUGACCGGUGGAUUGGCCACACCCCGAGCUCUGCGACAGCUGCAGACGAAGAGGACCUUGCUCCCAUCGGCGGCGUGGAUGAGGACGAGGGCACGAGCCUGGAGGAAGAGAUGACUGUUCUCGGCGAGUCCAAGCGGCAGGAGCUCACCGUGCGUUUCAAGAAGGCCGCCGACGGAGUCUAUGUCGAAGCCAAGCGGAGUGCCAUCGGCGGCAUGACCCAGGUUCCACUGUAUUUCUACGGUCUGCUUCUGGCGUUGGGUUGGAACGAGAUCAUUGCCGUUCUCCGGAACCCGGCCUACUUCUUCUUGCUAUUCGUGUGUGCUGUCGGUGCCUACAUCACCUUUCAGCUGAACCUAUGGGGCCCCAUCCUCAAAAUGACCGAGGCGGCAUCCCAACAGGCUCUCGAGGAAGCCAAACGCCGGCUGCGCGAGUUCCUUGAGUCCUCCGACACGGGGCGGCAGGCCAUUGCCAUGUCGGCGGGAGAGCGGGCAGGCAACUCGAGCCGGACAGAGGAGUACGAGAUGUCCGAUAUGGCGCAGAAGGGCUCCAAGUCCGGUGAUGACCUGGACGAUAUGUAG